AUGGCAGGUGGAGCCAAAAAGCCAGUCAACAUCUUCCGGUUGAAGAACUUGGGAGAGCCCAAGGAGAUAUUCAACUGGAGAUUGUGGUUCGCUGUCACCUCCUUUGGUUUGAUGGGAGCUGCGCGAGGUAUUGACGAGGGUCUGAUUUCCGGUGCUUUCAACUCCAAGGACUUCCAACGAUACAUCGACUACAGUUCAUACAGCAAGGUCGAGCAGACCAACAUCAAAGCGAAUGUUUCUGCGAUGGUGCAGAUCGGAUCCGUUGGAGGGGCUCUUUUUGCAUUCAUUGUUUGUGACCGCAUCGGCCGUAUCUGGGCAACUCGACAACUCUGUCUGCUAUGGAUUCUUGGAAUCGCCAUCUUCAUGGGAAAUAACGGCAGCCUCGGGGCCGUGUACGCAGGACGCUUCAUCGCUGGUCUCGGUGUUGGACAGACCGUGGUUGUUGCUCCUGUCUAUCUUGCAGAGAUUUCUCCUGCCUCUAUUCGAGGUCUCUGUACCUGCGUCUUCACGGGUUUUGUUUACCUCGGUGUGUAUUUCUGCCAACCGGUAUCGUCUUGGCCUACUUCGCAAAUUAUGGCUGCCAAGUCAAUAUGGGCGACCAUACACACAAGAGAUGGGCAAGAGGUUCCCACCAGCCUCCAUAUCAUUUUUGCCGGCCUGAUCUUCAUUCUGUCAUUCCUGCAAUAUGAGUCCCCACGAUACCUCGUCAAACGUGGCCAGCAAGAGAAGGCGCUUGUUAAUCUGGCUCGUGUGCGUGGUCUCCCCGUCGAUCAUGAAUACGUCGUGCAUGAGCUCAACGCCAUUCAAACAGCGCACCAGACUGAGAUGGAAGCAACAAUGGGAUCUGGUCCUUUGGGUGUCAUCAAGGAGACGUUCUUGAUUCCCUCCAACCUCUAUCGUCUCUAUCUUGCCCUGACGGCCCAGAUUCUGUCGCAGUGGUCCGGUGCUGGUUCCAUCACCGUGUACGCCACAGAUCUAUUCAAACUGUUGGGCAUCACGGGAAGCAACGAGAACCUGCUGGUGACUGCUAUCUUUGGUAUUGUCAAACUGACUGCUGCUAUCCUCUGUGCCCUCUUCCUGGUCGAUGUCAUCGGUCGUAAACGCGCGCUGCUCCUGGGAAUUACCUUGCAGGCCAUUUCAAUGAUCUACAUUGCAGGUUUCUUGACGGCGGUGCCUGAAAUAGGCACCGUGGACGGCUACAAGGUACCCGCCAACAAGAAAGGCGCGAGCGAGGGCGCGAUCGCCAUGAUCUACGUCUCUGGCUUUGGGUGGGCACUUGGCUGGAAUUCGAUGCAGUACCUCUUGACUGCUGAGCUCUUUCCCCUCCGUAUCCGUGCGCUUGCAACCUCCCUAGCCAUGACCCUGCAUUUUGCCAACCAGUACGGUAACUCUCGCGCGGUGCCCAACAUGCUUCUUCCCGCCGCAGAUGGCGGUAUCAGUCCUAAGGGAACCUUCUGGUUCUUCGGUGUGGUGACCCUCAUCGGUGGACUCUGGGUCUGGUUCAGUGUGCCAGAGACCGCAGGCCGGAGUCUUGAGAGCAUGGAUCAGCUGUUUGCCCUGCCGUGGUAUAGGAUCGGCUUGCAUGGUAACAAAGAUGCCGAUGAGCGUGAUUUGGUUAUUAACGAAAAGAUGGAGGCAAUGGAGGCCCAGGGAACUACUCAGCACGUCGAGAGACAAGAUGUAGCCAGUCGAGUUUAA